AUGGGACCCAACCCUAGAUACCACGACAUGCGUGAAACGUUGUCAGAACAUCUACAAGAACAAUUGUUUGAACCAAGACCACAACAUCUUCAAGACCAACCUAGGUCAAUCGCUAGCCUAGAUCCACGACAUGGGAUCCAACAACCUAGAUACCACGACAUGCGUGAAACGUUGUCAGAACAUCUACAAGAAGAAUUGUUUGGACCAAGACCACCACAUCUACAAGACCAACCUAGGCCAAUUGCUAGCCUAGACCCACAACGUAGAUCCACUACCUUCAGUCAAAGUCUGAGCCAAUAA